AUGGCGAGCAGGGAAUUCUUGAGGCAGCGAGACGACCGGAGCGAGGUCAACUUCCACGCGCGCACGUUCAGCUACGAGGCGGAAGACGUUGGUUUCGUGCCGGCCUUCUUCGGACACGUUGAGAACACGGGCGACACCACGCUCCGCUUCCUCGAGAUCUUCAGCACGAACCACUUCGAGGACAUCAGUCUCAGUCAGGUGCCUCGCCCGAGACUUACUUCUUCAACGCGCGAGUACACCGAGCGUCCAGCUGACUUCGUUCUUCUUGCCUUGUUCCGCUAG